AUUCACCCACAGGUUCGAGCAUUUGUUGCUGGCCUUAACGACGUUGUCUGCAUAGAUUGGCUACGCCUUUUCGACGCUGAGGAGCUACAGACUUUGAUAUCAGGCGCUGACACGCUCAUUGAUGUUAAUGACCUGCGUCAGCACACAGUUUACGCCGGCAUUUACUAA